CGUACUGUACUCUCCCAAGCGCUUAGCAGAGUGCUCUGCGUAUAGUAGCCGCUCGAUAAAUGCGAUAGAAUGGCUGACUGAGUGGCCCCUGAUGGGAAACAGAUCGCCGGGGUUCUCUAGGGAGAAAAGACCGGUGAUAAACUAGGGAACCGCGACAGACCGACCGCAUACGAGAUCGCCACUCUCCCCCGCCUUCAAAGUCUUAUUAAAUCAGUGGCAUUUAUCGAAUGCUACCGUGUGCAGAACACUGUUCCGAACGCUUGGGAGGGCGCGGUGCGAAGAAGUCGGUCGACGCGGUCCCUGCCCACAAGGAGCGCAUCCCUUCCGACUAAACCGUCUUUCCCCCUGCUCCCUCUACCUUCUCCGUCCCCUUUCACACUUGAUGUUCACCCCAGCCUCAGCCCCGCGGCUCUCGUGUGUUUAUUUUCUGGGGUGCGUACUUAUCGGUAAGCGCUUACUGUGUGGCAAGCACCGUUCUAAGCGCUGGGGUAGGUACGAGUCAACUAGGUCAGACACGGGCCCGUAUGGGACUCGUAGUCUCGACUUGGGGGAGAGGACGGGUAUCGAAUCCCCAUUUGACGGUUGAGGAGAAGGAGGCCCAGAGAAGUUGAGCGACUUGCCCGAGGUCACACAGCUGGCGACCGGCAGAGCGACCGGCCAAGCCGGCGUUAGGACCCGCGUCCUCUGACUCCCAGGCCCGUGCUCCGCCCUCUAAGCCACGUUGCUUCCCUUGCGUAUCGGUAACUUUUCUACAUCGGUGUCUGCGUCGCCCCUCUCGACCGUAAGCUCCCCGUGGGUAGGGGACGGUGACCGCCGACUCCGUCGUAGCGUAGUCUCCCGGGGGGUUCGGUACGGUGCUCUGCACGCGGUAACCGCUCAACGGUCGAGAGGUCCGGGGUGAGGAACGAGACCCGCAGCUCUGGACUCGACCGGGAAGGUCGCCCGAAUCCCGGGCUCGGACUCGAGGCCUUCUCCCGUCCCGGGGACCGAGCUGGAUUCAACGGCUCGGGGCCCGGGGGCCGGAGCCGGAGUGGGAGCUGGUGUGUAGCCGGCAGAGUCUCCCGGGCACGGCCCAGUCCAUUUACAUGGUCGGCGUGCUCUUGGGGUCCUUGGGCUUCGGGGGGCUGGCUGACAGGCUGGGCCGCCGGGUUGUGUUUCUGGGGUCCCUCCUGCAGGUGGCGGCGUUGAGCACGGGGGCGGCUCUGGCCCCUUCCUACCCCUGGUACUGCAUCUGCCGCUUCCUGUGUGGGAUGGGCGUCUCCGGGCUGCUCAUCAACGGGAUCGGCUUCACUCUGGAGUGGAUCCCGCCCCCACGCCAGGCCCUAGUGGCUGCCAUGCUGUCCUGCUGCGUCACCUUGGGGCAGGUGACUCUGGCCGGCCUGGCCUUCCGCUUCCGCCACUGGAGACACCUGCAGCUGGCCGUCGGCCUCCCCUGUGGACUGGGCUUCCUGGGCAGCUGGUGGCUCCCCGAGUCAGCCCGCUGGCUGCUAGCCAAGAGGCGCCCAGAUGAGGCUCUGAGGUCCCUGUGGCUCGUGGCCAGAGUCAAUGGGAUCCGGGAGGCUGGGGAGGGUCUCUCCCUGGAGACGCUGGAGGCCGAACAGCCUCAGGAGUCCGGGGCGACCCAGGGGGCCUCCAUUCUGGACCUGUUCCGCUGUCCGGCGAUGCGGACGGUCACGGCCUGCAUCACGGCCGUCUGGUUCUCGUCCACGCUGGCCUUCUACCCCCUGGCCCUGGACAUGCAGCGUUUCCCCGGCGAGGACCCUUUCCUGAUGCAGCUGGUCCUGGGCGCCGCCGACCUGCCCUUCCGCCUCCUGGUCGUGGGGGCCUCCGACAGGCUGGGCCGCCGACUCACUCAGGUCUCCUGCCUGCUGCUGGGGGGGGGCCUGGUGCUGCUGGGCCUCCCCGUGCCCCGCGAGCCGGUGUGGCCCAACGUGGCGCUGACCGUCCUGGCCAAGGGACUGAUGUCGGCUUCGCUCGCCUGCGCCCACCUCUACGCCAACGAGCUGUUCCCCACCCCGCUCCGGCAGACGGGGGUGGGUGUCACCAACAUGGUGGCCCGGCUGGGGGCCGUGCUGGCUCCCCUGGUGCUGCUGGCCGGCCCGUCGGUGCCCCUGCUGCCUCCCGUGCUGUUCAGCGCGGUGGCCCUGGCCUCGGGGCUGCUGGCGGCCUUCCUGCCUGAGACCACUGGCCUGCCCCUGCCUGACACCCUGGAGCAAGUGCGGAGCAGGAUGCAGACGCGCAACUUCUGGAGAGUUUUCCCCUGGAGACGGGGAGGCGGAGAGGGGCCCCGGCAGACCAAACUCUGAGUCGUCCUCUUCAGCCGGCGGGGAGAGGGACGGGGAAGGCCGCGGCGGCGUGGGGGUGAUAAAAAACCGUACGACAGA